UAUGGAGGUUAUAUGUAUCUUACAGAGGCAAAAGAGGAAAGAGUGAGAGAGAUUGAGAGAAGAGAAAAACGAGGAAAGAUUCAGCUAUUGUCCUUUCCUUCUCCUCGAGACUCUCUCUCUCUCUCCCUUUGUUUCAACUGAGUGAUCAAACCGCAACUUUCUCUCUGUCAUACACUUGUUUAAACAUCAUCAUGUUCUCCUCCAAUGCAUGCUCUUUCAUGUGCAAGUCGGGCGUAGGUGGGUGGUCUUCGUGCAGUAACUUCUCUGCUUCACAGAGGAGGCGUUCUGCUCCAUCGAGAGUGACGUGUUGCGCUCCAACUUCGAGCAGCGGCAAAACUCACGGCGGCUUUGUGAUGGAUAAAGAGGCAAAUGGGACUCCCACGGCGGUCGGCGAAACCCCAACCUCUGGGGGCGGCGUCCGGGACGUGUACGGCGAAGAUAAGGCCACGGAGGAUCAGUGUGUGACUCCAUGGAGUGUCUCUGUUUCCAGUGGGUAUACUUUGAUUAGAGAUCCACACUUCAACAAGGGACUCGCCUUCACUGAAGAAGAGAGGGACGCACACUUCCUGCGUGGCCUUCUUCCCCCAUCUGUUAUUUCUCAAGAAACUCAGGUAAAAAAAAUGAUCCAACACAUACGCCAGUAUCAAGUUCCAUUGCAGAAGUAUGUGGCAAUGAUGGAUCUUCAGGAGAGAAAUGAAAGAUUGUUCUACAAGCUUCUGCUUGAUCAUGUUGAGGAGUUACUACCAGUUGUCUAUACUCCAACAGUUGGUGAAGCAUGCCAGAAAUAUGGGAGUAUCUUCAUGCAACCUCAGGGACUUUAUAUAAGUUUGAAGGAGAAAGGGAGGAUUCUUGAAGUUCUAAGGAAUUGGCCUGAGAAGAACAUUCAAGUCAUUGUUGUAACUGAUGGAGAGAGAAUUCUGGGUCUUGGGGAUCUUGGCUGUCAGGGAAUGGGAAUACCGGUAGGAAAACUUUCUCUAUAUUCAGCACUUGGUGGAGUUCGUCCUUCUGCAUGCCUACCUAUUACCAUCGAUGUGGGUACAAACAAUGAAAAAUUGUUGAAUGAAGAAUUAUAUAUAGGGCUCAAGCAUAAACGAGUAACUGGGCAGGAAUAUGCUGAACUUCUGCAUGAAUUUAUGAAUGCAGUCAAGCAGAUUUAUGGUGAAAAAGUCCUUGUUCAGUUUGAAGACUUUGCAAACCACAAUGCUUUUUCUCUACUUGAAAAAUAUAGGUCAACACAUCUUGUUUUCAAUGAUGAUAUUCAGGGAACAGCAUCAGUUGUUCUUGCAGGAGUAGUUUCAGCUCUGAAAUUGGUUGGGGGAAACUUGACUGAUCACAGGUUCUUAUUCCUUGGUGCUGGAGAGGCUGGCACUGGAAUAGCUGAACUCCUAGCACUUGAAACUUCAAAACGGACAAAUGUCCCAGUAGAAGAAUUGCGCAAGAACAUUUGGUUGGUGGACUCACAGGGUUUGAUCGUGAAAUCCCGGGAAGACUCACUUCAACAUUUCAAGAGACCGUGGGCUCAUGAACAUGAACCUGUUAAGGAAUUAGUAGAUGCUAUUAAUAAAAUUAAACCAACGGUUUUAAUCGGAACAUCAGGACAAGGGAGAGCUUUUACCAAGGAAGUGAUUGAAGCUAUGGCUUCCAUCAAUGAGAAACCUAUUAUUCUUUCCCUUUCCAACCCAACAUCACAGUCAGAAUGCACUGCUGAAGAAGCUUACACCUGGAGCCAGGGACGUGCCAUUUUUGCUAGUGGGAGCCCUUUUGACCCUGUUGAAUAUGGUGGAAAAGUGUUUGUGCCUGGCCAGGCUAAUAAUGCAUACAUUUUUCCUGGAUUUGGUCUUGGUUUAAUAAUGUCUGGAACCAUUCGUGUGCAUGAUGACCUUCUUCUGGCAGCUGCUGAAGCUUUGGCUUCACAGGUGACUGAAGAGGACUAUAGUAAGGGGCUCAUAUACCCUCCAUUCAGAAACAUCAGAAAGAUUUCAGCACACAUAGCAGCCAAGGUGGCUGCUAAGGCCUAUGAGCUUGGCUUGGCCACUAACCUUCCUCAACCAAAAGAUUUGGUGAAGUUUGCUGAGAACUCUAUGUAUACACCAGCCUAUAGAAACUACAUCUAAAGUCACAAUAGUUCAUUUCUCAUUUUCUUGGGCUUUUUUUUUUAACUAUUAUAGAGUGUUUUCUUUAUCCUUUUCCUGCUCUUUUAUGCUAUUGUAUUUGGUGAAAUAGAGUUUAUGUUGUUGUUAAUGUAGGUAGAUAGACUUAAGUAGAGCUUGAAAUAUUUUGUAUUUGGAUUUAAGUUUUAUUUGACAAUAAUUUAAAUUAGAAAAUGAA